AUGGUCAAGUCUUGUUGCACCGUGUGCUUGUGUUUGGUCUUACUUCAUAUUUUCUUGUGUUUUGUGUCAACACAAUCAGCACCUGAAGGUGCCAUUGUCACACAGGUUCCUGGUUUCAGCGGGACUCUACCUUCCAAGCACUAUGCUGGGUAUGUGACAGUGGAUGAGAGUCAUGGGAAGAACUUGUUUUACUAUUUCGUUGAAUCAGAGGGUAAACCUUCUGAGGACCCUGUGGUUCUGUGGCUUAAUGGUGGACCCGGCUGCUCUAGCUUUGAUGGAUUCGUAUAUGAGCAUGGUCCUUUUAAUUUUGAGGCAGCAAAGACAAAGGGGGAUCUUCCCACACUCCACCUCAAUCCAUACAGUUGGUCAAAGGUUUCCAAUAUUAUAUAUUUGGAUUCUCCUGCUGGUGUGGGGCUCUCAUACUCAAAGAAUGAAACUGAUUACAAAACUGGAGAUCUAAAGACAGCCUCUGAUUCACAUGCGUUUCUCCUUAAGUGGUUUCAACUAUACCCUGAGUUCCUUUCCAACCCGUUCUUCAUUUCUGGAGAGUCCUAUGCAGGAGUUUAUGUGCCUACUCUUGCUUCUGAAGUUGUAAAAGGAAUUGAUGCUGGUGUGCAGCCCAAACUAAAUUUCAAGGGUUACAUGGUUGGAAAUGGUGUCACAGAUGAAGAAAUUGAUGGCAAUGCUCUUGUUCCAUUUGUACAUGGGAUGGGACUAAUCUCAGAUGACCUGUUUGAGGAGGUUAAAAGUGAGUGCAAUGGGAGUUUUUAUAUUCCAACAAGUGAAAGUUGUGCUAUCAAGCUUGCAAAAGUUGAUGAGUUGGUUGAUGGGAUAAACGUCUACAACAUCCUAGAACCAUGCUAUCAUGGCACAGAGGCAGUGAAGAUUACAGAAUCCUAUAUCAGGUUGCCAUCUAGCUUCCGGAAGUUGGGUGAGACUGACAAACCUUUUCCGGUGAGGAAAAGAAUGUUCGGUCGUGCUUGGCCCCUAAGAGCACCUGUCAGAGAUGGAAUUGUACCAACUUGGCCACAGCUUAUGAAUUUACAAAGCGCUCCACCGUGCACGGAUGAUGAGGUUGCAAACGCAUGGUUGAACAAUGAAGCAGUAAGGACAGCAAUUCAUGCUGCAAAGAAAAGUGUAGUCAGUAGUUGGGAACUAUGCACAAACAGACUUAGGUUUUAUCAUGAUGCUGGGAGCAUGAUAAAGUACCACAAGAACUUAACUUCCAAAGGUUAUAGAGCACUUAUAUUCAGUGGUGAUCAUGACAUGUGCGUUCCAUUUACGGGGAGUCAGGCAUGGACAAGUUCGAUUGGAUACAAGAUUGUUGAUGAGUGGAGGCCAUGGUCUUCCAAUGGUCAAGUUGCUGGGUAUACACAAGGAUAUGACAAGAAUCUUACUUUUCUGACCAUAAAGGGAUCUGGGCAUACUGUUCCGGAAUAUAAACCUCGAGAGGCAUUGGACUUUUACAAACGCUUUCUGGCUGGAUUGCCAAUAUGA